CACGUUUCUUCUCUAUUCAAUCUUUUUUUCAUGUCGAUGUAUUCUUUUCGUGAGCGUAAAAUGUUCCGGCACAAGUGUAAAACAAAAUAAACCGUGUUGUAACCGCAACAAAUACGAUAUGUAGACAAUUUUUUUAUAAUAAAUACCAUCUCACAAAGCAAUAAAUUUAAGGGACUGAAUAUAAAAUAAAUUCCGGAACAUUUAUUUACAAUAAAAAUAGUACCUGUCAUACAAAAUUCUGACCGACAUCUCUCUUACAUGUCAAACAUUCAACGAACGCGUUUGUGUUUAUAUACCGAAGGAACGAAACCGGGAUGGCGAUUGCGUCGAGGGGAUUGUUUAUACGUUGAAAUUGCAUAGUGACGUUUUGUUCGGCUGAUCGACGCAUCAUGUCUAACACGAUAAGCGGCAAAAACUUGUUACGGCCGAACGGCCUGCAAUGCAAGAAUCUGCAUGAGUAUUUAAAAUCACGUACUCCCGAGACUCUGAACAAGUUGUAUCAUAAGCCGCCUAUAUGCCUGGCCGUGUUCCGCGAGUUGCCAGUCAUCGCCAAACAUUACGUUAUGAGGCUGCUGUUCGUUGAACAGCCAGUGCCGCAAGCGGUUAUAGCAUCUUGGUGCUCAAAACUCUACUUCGAGGAGCACCAGAAGGUGGUGCAGGUACUGAAUGAGUUAUUUGUGUGGAAGGAAGCAUCUAUACCCGGUGGACUACCAGGCUGGAUCUUGAACAAUACGUUCAAGAAAAAUCUGAAGAUCGUGCUGCUAGGAGGCGGCAAACCAUGGACCAUGUCCAAUCAGUUGGAGACUGACAGCAAGCCGCGAGAUGUAGCCUUCCUGGAUUCUUAUGCGCUGGAAAGGUGGGAAUGCGUCUUGCACUAUAUGGUUGGAUCCCAGCAGCAAGAGGGUAUAUCUGCUGAUGCUGUAAGGAUCCUUCUACAUGCUGGUUUGAUGAAAAGAGACGAAGCUGACGGAAGUCCAGUUAUAACACAAGCUGGUUUUCAAUUUUUGCUUUUAGAUACAGCUUCACAAGUAUGGUAUUUUAUUCUACAAUAUCUUGAUACAAUUGAGGCACGCGGUCUUGAUUUAGUAGAGUGCCUUACCUUCCUGUUUCAAUUAAAUUUUUCCACUCUCGGUAAAGAUUACAGUACCGAAGGUAUGUCCGAAGGGCUCUUGACAUUCUUACAACAUUUAAGAGAAUUUGGACUUGUAUAUCAACGAAAGCGCAAAGCAGGAAGGUUUUAUCCAACACGAUUAGCAUUAAAUAUCGCUACUGGUGAAACUAAACCAUUAAGUAGAGAUACAGAUAAAGAAGGAUAUAUAAUUGUGGAAACAAAUUAUCGUGUUUACGCUUAUACAAACUCCAACUUGCAAGUUGCGUUACUUGGACUUUUUUGCGAAAUGUUGUACAGAUUUCCGAAUGUAGUUGUAUCAAUAUUAACAAGAGAUUCAGUAAGACAAGCAUUAAAAAGUGGAAUAACGGCUUCUCAAAUAGUUGGCUAUUUGCAACAACAUGCACAUAGUCAAAUGAUAGAAGCAGGGCCACCUAUAUUGCCACCUACUAUUGUAGACCAAAUUAAGCUGUGGGAAAAUGAAAGAAAUAGAUUUUUAUUCAGUGAAGGAGUUUUGUAUAGUCAAUUUCUUUCGCAAACUGAUUUCGAGGUUCUUAGGGAUCAUGCCGUCUCAACUGGAGUACUAAUUUGGCAAAGUGAAAGAAAAAGAACCAUGGUAGUUACUAAAGCCGGCCAUGAUGAUGUAAAAAAGUUUUGGAAACGAUAUUCAAAAGGCUCAAGUUAAUGUUCGGUUAUCAAGAUUUAGUUAUAAGUAUUUUAUAUACGUUGUUUUGUUUUUUAAAUAGCGAUUAAUAUUACAAAAAAAAUAUCGUUCCAAAAAAGUGCCUAGAAAAACUGGAGAAUGUAGCAUUCUUGACAUAGAUUGAAGAAAUAACUUCUUUUAAAUCAAUGCCAAAGCUCUCUCAGGUCGGACUAGGUUUUGAUGAUGCAACAAGUGUGAUAUUGAAUUAAUGAAAAAAAGUUUCUAAAUAUUUAAUGUUAUCUGUUUUAUUCCUACUCCAAUUAUAAAAUUUAUACAAUGAGGAGAAAAUUAUUCGACAAUUUGAUUUAUCAUAUUCAAAUCUAUCACCAUUUCUUACACCAAUAAAUAAAUUUCACAUC